AUGGGCCCCUGUAACCGCCUCCUCAUGCUGCUGCCAGGCCCGUAAAUCUGCCAUGGGCCCCCCAUACCGACUCCCAUCCUCAUGCUGCUGCCAGGCCCGUAAUACACUGCCAUGGGCCCCUGUACCGCCUCCUCAUGCUGCUGCCUAGGUCCAGAGUGUGUCAUGGGUCCCUGUACGGCCUCCCAUUGCUGCGUCUCUAUCGCCACACUCUUCCAUGUGCCACUUUCAGGUCUCCUCACACUGCACUGCGGUGGUUUCCAUUUUGUCAUAGGGUGCUGUAUGGCCUCCCAUUGCUGCUGCCUCCACCGCCACACUGUGGCUACCACACUCUGGUUUUGGCCCCCGUGACUGCCCAAAUGAGUGAAGUAUGCGUGAUUCUAAAUCGACGGCACUCAUCUGCAUGUCAUACUGAACUGACAGUAUUAUUUCUACCAUCUUCCCCAACAGACUCCAACAAGCCAAUUUAAAUUAAAAGGUACAGUGUUCAGCACUAAU